AUGGCGGCCCCUGCGGCGGCCGUAGCCCCGCGGCAUGACGGGAGUUGUAGUUCCGCGGCUCCGUCCCCCGCCGGAGCGUGGGGGGGGCGGCAGAGAACCCCCCCUGGGGGCAGGAACCGGGGCGGCGUCAGGGGCCGGGGGGCCGGGAAGGACCCCGAUCUGGGGGGGUGUUAUGGCGGCAUCACUGCCCGAGGGGGCUGCAAGCCCCACCUCCCCCCCGUAUCGAACUACACUUCCCAGAGGCCUCCGCGAGGGCGGCCGGGCCGGGCCUGGCCUCUCCGGUCUUACCGGGGCCCGGGGGCGCCCGGGCGCGGCGGCGGGGCCGAGCCCGCCCCCGUGAACGGCGGUCGCAGCGCCGGGGCCCUGGGCCGGUCCCCCCGCCCGGGCCGCGGCUGUUCGCAUGAGGCCCCCCCCGCGCUGGCGGGGGCCGGGACUGAGCGGGGCCGUCCCGCCAUGGCGGCGGGGAGCGGGGGAGCGGGGGCGUCCGCCCGGGAGCACCGCCUGGAGCCCGGGGACACGCUGCCGGGGCUGGCGCUGCGCUACGGGGUGACGAUGGAGCAGAUCAAGCGUGCCAACCGCCUCUACACCUCGGACACCAUCUUCCUCAAGCCCACCCUCCUCAUCCCCGCGCCGGUGACGCCGGGAGGACCCUGCCCCGAGGACCAGGAUGCGCCCGUCCCCCCGGGGGACACCCCGGCCGCCCCCGUCCUGUCCCGCCACGACCUCUCGGCCACCGAUUUCCUGCGGCAGCUCGACGCCGAGAUCGGGCGCUCCAAGGCGGCGGCGGCGGCACAACGGCUUCGUGCCGGCAGCACAGGCACCACCGAGGGCGAAGGCACCCCCAGCCCCGAUGCCAAGGGCCCGCCGGCAUCGCGUGGCCCCCGCCUCGGUCCCCGGCCCCUCACCAGGACCCCGCGGGUGGCCGCCCUCCGGGACGCCGAGGAUGAGAUCUUCACGCUGUGACGCCGGGGACGUGACGCCGUGACUCCCACCCCGUGGUGAAGGGCACCCCGGGACACCCCCAGCACCCAGUCCCGUCCGGGGGCUGCGGAGGGGACACAGGGAUUUGGGGGGGGGCACACGGUGUCCCCUCCCUGUCUCCUUCAAGGGACCUGUCCCGCUGCAGGGACAGUUGGGUGCAGAACCAGCCCUCUCGCAGGGCUACUGGGAGGUACUGGGAGGUACUGGGACAAGAUUUACCAGCUGAUGUUUUUCUUCUGGUUGUAUUUAUUUGUACGUCUUUGCUCUCCCGGGGGGGUGGGACCCCCCAGUCCCCUCGUGCCAGUGCCUGGACCCCCACAGGGACGGGACGGUCACCCCCCACCCCGAGAGCCUGUAAAUAAAGCGGAGCACUGUCA